AUGCAGUCAGCAGAUAGCAGGAGAGGACAGACACUUGCUGCUAAUAAUUCAAAAAUGGAUGAUGGUCGGCAACAUGAAAAUGGGAGACACAAGAUGGACUAUUACAGAGGGGCAGCCUCUCCGUGGAAUAUGGCGACCCAGCAGCAAGCAAAGGAACCAAAUGCCUUAGUCAUGAACAAGAAGAUCAUGUCCAUUAUUGCUGAGAGGGAUGCUGCUAUUCGAGAACGGAAUGCAGCACUUACUGAAAAGAAUGAAGCCUUAGCUGCAAGAGAUGAGGCUCUCCGUCAGCGAGAUGAGGCACUUGCUCAGCGUGAUACUGCCAUGAUGGAACGAGACAAUGCCUUUGCAGCCCUUCAUAUGCGGGACAAUGCUGUGAACUUCCCAUUGGGUGGUGGAGUUCAACGUGGAGCCAAGCGCCUGCACCACCCUUCAAACCAUUCGGUUACACUGGCUGAGGCUCAUUACAGCACAAAAGAUAUGCAUAUAACCGAUGCCUUCCCUAUUUCAGUUAUAUCUGCUGAAGCUGCCAAGUCACGUCAGACAAAGCGAGCAAAGGAGAACAAGGCAUCCAGGGCAUCAAAGCCGUCACGAAAGAAAGUAGGCGAAGAUUUGAAUAGGCAGGCUUCAUCUGAUGGGAUAAAGUAUAAAUCAGAGUGGGAUACUCAUGAUUUGGGAUUGAAUCUUGUCUCUUUUGAUGAGUCUACAAUGCCAGUGCCAGUUUGCUCAUGCACUGGACUACCACGCCAGUGCUACAAAUGGGGGAAUGGUGGGUGGCAGUCAUCGUGUUGCACCACCCAUAUGUCCAUGUAUCCACUACCACAGAUGCCAAAUAAGCGCCAUGCCCGGAUGGGUGGGCGCAAGAUGAGUGGAAGUGUUUUUACAAGAUUGCUCAGUCGGCUAGCAGCAGAUGGUCAUGAUCUGUCAAUACCACUGGAUCUGAAGGAAUACUGGGCCAGACAUGGGACAAAUCGCUACAUAACGAUCAAGUAG